CAGUUGGAAGCUGCUGGGUGCAGGGAGAAUGUUUCAGUUCCUAUAAAAUUGCUGUACUUUAUGCAAUAGUUGUCUGAACAGACUGGAGUCAGACGUGCCCCGGGGCAAUGCAGCUGUAGCUGGGAGCCCUUCCUCCGCCACCAGCCUCUGCCCUUCCCUGUAGGAUCCAGCAGGCAGGUGUAGAAAAUGUGAUGGGCAGGGAGAGAGAGAGAGAGGAGGGACCCUAGGGGUGUCUACCCCUCCUUUUUUAUAAUCCUGUCCGCCAUUUGAGAUGCAUUUCCAGCUGGGAGCAAGACACCUCCCGGACUAAGGGUCCAUUUCACUGACUGUGAGAAACUGGAAAUGUCCCAGUGAUCCUGUAACUGCUGGGAAGUUUCUCCUGGGCUCAUGAGUUACAAUGAAGAUGAGGAUUUCCUUCCGCUCGCACUGUGCCAUGGGCAACCCCUCUCUGUCCAGUUACUUCAUUUUCCUUUUUACAAUCCAUGUUCCUAUAUUGGAAUCAGUGAAUUUCAAGGUGAUUGGACCUGAUCAUCCCAUCAUGGUCUCUGCAGGUGAAGAUGCCCGGUUACCCUGUCACCUCUCCCCCAUCAUGAGUGCUCAGGAGAUGGAGGUGCGCUGGUACCGAUCCAAGUUCUCUGAACCUGUCCAUCUGUAUCAGGAUGGAAAAGAUCAGGCUGAGCAGCAAAUACCAAAUUAUCAGGGCAGAACAGAGCUGCUGAAGGAUGGUAUUGUGGAUGGAAGUGUUGUCCUGCAUAUACGCAACAUCACCCCCUCUGACCAUGGGCAGUUUAUCUGUUUCUUCCGAUCACGCGGCUUUUAUGCAGAAACCAUUCUGGAACUGAAGGUGACAGGUCUGGGCUCUACUCCUCGCAUCUCUAUCGACAGCUACCAGAGCGGAGGGAUCCACAUGGUGUGUGAAUCUGCUGGAUGGUACCCGGAGCCCCAGGUGCAGUGGAGAGACCUCAGGGGGCAGCACUUACCAUCCCUGACAGAAAAAAUAACUCAGCAUGGUAACGGCCUGUUUGAAGCACAAAUUUCCAUUAUUGUAACAGAAACUUCCAGUCAGGAUCUGUCCUGCUCUGUCAGGAACUCCCACCUCAACCCAGGGAAAGAGUCUGUGGUCUACAUCUCAGAUCCAUUCUUCCUGAGAGCCUACCCUUGGAUGGUGGCUGUGUACAUACUCCUGGUUGUUGUGGGUUUGCUCACUUUCACAGCAAGCUACUUCUUCUGGAAGCAACACAAGGCAAAAGUGGCGCAUGUUGCAGAGAGAGGGAAACACGUUGCUGACCGUGAAAAGCUCCAGGCUGAUCUUAAAAAGGUCCAGGUUGAGCUUGGAAAGCUCCAGGCUGAUCUUAAAUGGAGAAAAACUCAAGUAUAUGGAGAAGUGAAAGUGACUCUGGAUCCAUACACAGCUCAUCCUGGGCUCAAGCUGUCUGAGAACCGGAAGACUGUGACAUGGGAAUCUAAACAUCAGGAUCUGCCUGACAAUCCCGAGAGAUUUGACGACGUUUUCUGUGUGCUGGGUUCUGAGGGAUUCACUUCAGGGAGAAUUUACUGGGAAAUGGAGAGGAUGGGGGGAAUCUGGGCCAUAGGGGUCGCCAGAGAGUCUGUGAGGAGGAAGGGACAAAUCAAAUUUACCCCCGAGGAGGGGAUCUGGGGGAUAGAACAGUCCAGGGAUCACUACUCAGUUCUCGCCACUCCUGAGGUCCCCCUGCUACUAUGUGAGACACCCAAGAAGGUACGGAUCUAUGUACACUAUGAAAAGGGGCAAGUGGCAUUUUUCAACCCAGAUAAUGGUGAUCUGAUCGCCAAUCUCACAGCUUCUUUCAAUGGGGAGAAAAUAUUCCCCUUCUUCUGGGUCUGUUCCCACCUCACACUAAUCACCUGAGACAUUUGGAGAUCAGAUGUGUUGGUGUCACUAGGCAUAGCUACCAGGUAACUCGGGGGAGUGGAAGGCCAUAAGUGCCGAUGAAACUCCUGCGCUCUGGGUCUAAGUGAACCACAGAACUCCAUCUUGUGAACUUUCACCUACUUCUAUGCUAACUGCUUACAUGCUGAAGCAGGCUGAAGCAAAAAUGUACUGGUCAGCUUUUCUAGCAGACAGCUGUAGUUUCGCUCACAAACACAGUAGAGAUAAGAGCGGGGGAAAGGAAAGGGGAGGGAAAAGCCUCUACGUCUUAACCUGCGAAGGCCACAAAUAAACAGAUGAACAAGAACUUUUCUCACAUACCAAUGUAGUGCCUAUUGUAACUGUUGUCUGGAAGGAAGGCGUAGGGAAGAAACAGACAAAGCCUGCACACAAACUGCUUGGAAUAUAAAAGGGAAAACUUGCUUAUAUGUGCUGCGCUUGAUUUGAGACAUGCUGGUCUCCUAGUGCCUAUUCAGAGCUCUUGAAUAAAGUUGGUUUGCUUCUCCA